AUGUCCACCCCCAAGAUCGCGCUGGAGUCGAGAUCCUCACUCGAGUCUGCAAUGGUCGGAGGCGGCAAGACUCCGCGGGAGCGCAUCCUCCUGCUACUACAGGACUACAUCGGCUCGGUCGAGAAGUGUACGCGAAAGAUCUGGGUUUGGGAGGGCAGGUCAAUGACGCACCGCGAGGUCACUUAUGUACCAGUCCUCUACAAGAUCUUCGAUGAGAUCCUCGUCUACGCUGCCGACAAUAAGCAGCGCGACCCGAGCAUGGACUCCCUCUCCGUGGGGAUCGAUGUGUCCGACUGCCGCAUUUGUGUCUACUACAGCGGUCAAGGCAUCCCGAUUGAGCGUCACCUGGAAGAUGGUGUAUACAUGUCGGAGAUGAUCUCCGGCGACCUCAGCAACUGCGAAGAUAUUGCCGGCGGGAGGAACAGCUACGGGGUCAAGCUGGCCAACUUAUUCUCCACGGAGUUCAUCAUCGAGACUGUCGACAGCCGCCUUUAG